AUGGAUCAGUACAGUGGUGAUGAGUCUGUUCUCUUCUCCGCGCGUAGCGAAAAGAUUUUCCAGCACAUCUACCAUGUGGAGCCGAGGAUAUUUAAUGAAGAGAUGGAGAGCCCUGUGGAGGUUUUCCCUACACCCGACUGGUGUGAACAGAUGUGCACUCUGAACCUGAAACUGCUCGUGACAGUUCAUCGCCAGUACGCGAUCAACCUGCUGGAAAGUGGACACGCAAUAACGCAAAGGUUGGUGGGUCUGGAGGGCAAGUACCUUCAAGCCUGUCAGACUCAACUCCCGUUAGAGAACGGCGCACAAAUAGCUACCCGCGAGCUGCUGCAACCUCUGUAUUCCCUGGAAAAUAUUCAGGGGCCCAAGUUUGAGGUGCUGGACAUUGAUGCGGUAGAAAUACAACUGAACAUUCGGAAAUUCCCUUGUGUUAGCCUACCACAGUGCAGGGAAAUACAGUUGCUGAGGACAAUCUUUGGUUCCUCCAAUCUGCCCGCCGCCGUCACAACUUGUUGUUUGGAGGAUAUUACCACCCAGAUCGGUAGUCGUUGCUGCAACCGCACAGAGUCCAUCGAGGAAAUGGAGCCCGGUCCGUUGACUUACACCGUAUCCCCGGUCGCCUUUCACGCAGACGACUGCACCCUCUAUUCGUUGAUUUCCUACGAUAGGAUUGCCCAUCUGCCAGACUGUAUAGGAGUGAAUAGCGUCCAACCGUCGGGAGACGCACUGUAUGACGCGGAGGCUGAGGAGGAGGAAGAGUUGGUAUUCCACAAGUGCUGCUCCCCGACAGUCAGCCCGCAGCCCUAUAUCCGGUCACCGAAGGAGUCGACCUCUAUCUACCACAUCAGUCCUUUGCCUUUGCUGACUACACAGACGGCAGUAGAGACUAAUGUUAUGAACGAUAAGCCUGAUGAUUGGGCAUCCCUGACACCGCCAAUGGAAGAGCAGGAGCAGGUGUUUGUAUUGCAAGUGACGGAUCGACUUGAACUCUCGCUCCAGCAAGGAUGUGCGGUUCGUAGCGACUUUGCAAUUGUACGAGUCGGCACCCUGCGUGAUCUUAUCGCUCCGAUCGCCCAGCAACCUUUCCUGCGUCUUCGCCUACUUCUACUUAUUAUGGAUGACACCCUGGGUUUCGAUGGGGCCCUGCGCACAGAAUCUCCCUCCUAUGAGACGGCCGCUGAUUCAGUAAUGGAGACGGAGAACGCAAAGAAGAUGGCAGAUCUAGGGGCCGUGGUGAAGGCUUCGUUGGCCUCUGAGGCCUCCGACGGCACCGAUAUCUCGUUGCCUCCUCACGUCUGUGCGAUAGUUGCUCUUCUUCAUCGGAAUGUGUUCAAUUUCUUGUGUGAUCCCGAAGCUCGACCUGCAGCUCCAUUCGAGAAACGCACCGCAACGUCUCUUCUGUAUUCUGGACUCUGGAAGGGCCAACGGUCGUCUUCAUGCAAACUCAGCCUCUCCACUGCAUCCACGACUCGGACUUUCCGGGGCGGCGUGGGUGGCGAUUCACUUGAUUCCUGA